AAUAAAAUGCAACAAAGUUCAAAAAUAAAAAAAUCAAAAGACAGCCCAUUCUUCCAAAGCCCACAUCCAUUUCCAACAUAUAAAUGCCUUGUAUGGUUUUCUUUUCCUCAUUUCCUUAUCUUUCCCUUUCUCAUUUUCACCUGAACAACAUGUUUCCAUCAAUUGUGUGCCUUUACAUUCAGAUCUGGAUCUCUGUUUAUCAGUACUUUUAUAUGUCUGGUAGUAGUUCAUAUAAGCUGGAUCCUGGGCCACUUGAACCGUCUGUAUUAACUCAACAACUUACUCAUAGGUCACGGGAUAUAUGGGAUGAAAGUGUUGAUAUGAUUCUUAAUACGAGAAAGAGUGAUGGAAGUUUUUGGAAGCUCAUAGAAAAAUAUCCUAUCCAUCCACGAGUUUUAAAAGUGAUUAAAUUAUCUGGAUUGUAUGGUGUUUAUUGAUGUAAUAGGCCUGCUAUCGAUCGUAGUUUGAUCACUUCAUUAGUUGAGCGUUGGCAUCCUGAAACACAUACUUUCCACUUUAGAACAGAUGAAGCAACUAUCACCUUGCAAGAUAUCGAGGGGUUGUAUGGAUUACCCGUGAAUGGUGCUCCGGUACUUGGUAUUGAGACGACGAGAACUAUUGGUGACUAGAAAAACAUUUGUCAAAGAUUAUUAGGUUUUGUUCCAUCUCUUCGGGACUUUAGCAGUAGUUUCCUCAAGGUCUCUGCGCUUAAAGCGCACAUGUUAUGUGAGCCACAAUUUUCAGACAUGGCAACUCAAGAAAUACUCAAUCAGAAGGCUAGGUGUUACAUGUUCUGGAUGAUUGCGGGUAUAAUGAUAGCAGAUACAUCUGGUUCUUAUUUGAAGCUUAUGUACCUGCCUAUGCUCGAGGAAGUCAAUGCAAUUGGGUCUUAUAGUUGGGGUAGUGCAACUUUAGCGUACUUGUAUCAUUUUCUUUGUAAAGCCUCACAGAGUAUCCAAAAUGAGAUAGCCGAAUUUCUACCACUACUUCAGGUUUGGGCAUGGGAGAGGAUCACUGUCCUUAGGCUAGUAGGAAAAAGAGGUACAGGAGAUAUUUUUCCUAUUGAUUCUGUAGGGGUCCACAUGCUACUAGAUGGUUUGCACACUUUAGUUGGACUAACACUACUAAGCAUGUGCUGAAAUUUUAUAGGUAUGUACUUGACUCUAUGACAGAAGAUCAGUUUAUCUGGGAACCAUAUACUGAUGAUUUAAUUGAGAGUCUUCCUGACUAUUAUCGCGCUGGACGAGACAUGUGGCGUGUUAGAGUUCCAAUCUUCUGUUGGAAUGUGGUAGAGGUUCACUGGCCUGAUAGAGUGAUGAGGCAAUUUGGAUUGCAACAGGUGAUUCCAACUCCAUUUCUAUUUGAUUCCACCCACUUUCGUCAUGAUCGUCGGGGAAGGCCAAAUACAAAUUGGGAGUUAGAACAUGCACAAUGGUUACCUUUUUGGAACGAGCGAGAACAAUAUAUCUGUAAUGCACUAGUCAAUCAUGGGUCACUUCGGUAUGACGACCCCUACCUUAUUUGGUUCAGACGUAUUACUCGUCUUCUCAUUGGUAAUCCUAAUCCCUGUCCUCAAUGCAAACAAGGUUAUGUGCCUAAUUCAACUGCAUAUGAAACAAUGGCAUGUCAUAUUCAUUCGAUGGUUGAUAAAGCUAAAUCACUUGGAGAUACGCCAUUGUAUGAGGACUUAUACAUGUUUAGAAAGAUGGUGCGGGAUCAAAGUUCUGAUUGUUUGAGAAAUGUCCACGAGGCCGACAAGAUUCAUGUAUCAGCCGAUUAUAGAAGAGAUGAGGUGCAACCUGAUCAGUUACGUCCCCAUAUUCAUAGGCGAUGAAAAGGCGGUGUUGCUGGAAGAAGAGAAUAUGUUAUUGCGAGAGACCAAGUGCCUGUUAAAAUGAAUGAAAUGGAUGAAGCAACGCAAAAUGCACAAAUAAGUUCAGAAGAUGAUCAAGCAACAACUAAUCAUGAUUUUGGUUCCACUUCAAUGGGUUGUACUCAGGAAUUCACUCAGGCAUCAGGUAUGAUAUAUCAACAUCCAAAGAUUGUGCCAUACAUGACUCCACAGACUCCACAGAUAUCAAGGUAUCCAAGUCUUUCAUCACUUGAUAAUAAAUUUGGUAGUUAUCAGCCUUAACAUUUUGAGAAUGCCCCAAACUUCACCUCAUCGCCUGUGCCAAUGUCUAUUGAUAUCCCCGAUGCCACUAAUAAUUUAGAGAACUUGAACAUUGAGAUGGAAGAUAAUGAGUUGGAUGAUGCCAACAAUGAAGUGAAUGGUAAUGAUCCGGAGGAUGAAAGUAAAGGUUGUGAUAUGACUAUUCAGCAUGAUAAACUAUCAAAGAAAGAGAAGCGUACAAUUAUUGCUAAGCUUUGUGGGACUGGUAUUUUUUUUGUGAUUAUGUUAUUUUUUUUUUCAACUUAACUGCACUAUUUUAGCUGAACAGUUGAAAAUCGACCUUUGCUUGACAGGGAGUCACUAUGCUUACCAGCACGCCGAAAAGAAAAAAGCCAAACAGAAAAAAGGCAAAACAAAAAAAGGCAAAGAGUAAUGGAAUUAUGUUGGACUCUUCCUUCUUCCAUUCCCUUGAACAUGGUCUAGUCAUAACUUGUUUAGGACAGUUUGCAGGAGACGUUCUUCGUAGAUGAUCCAACCCAUUUCAAUGCUGCUACAUUAUUGAAGGUGUUGGCUUGACUCGAGGACUGAGAGCUGGAACGGUGUGGAUUAACUGUUAUGAUGUAUUUGAUACUACAAUUCCUACUACUAGUUGUAUGUUUUUCGAGUUGAAAGUUUUUGGAAUGUUGUACAUCUUAUUAACGCUGAGAAGCAGCAUCAUAAACAUUUGAGACUUGAGUUAUGACUUAAGACUUAUGCUAAGCUGUAGCCACAAAAUAAUUAUUGUAUGCAUAUUAAGUUCGAUUUAUUAACAUGGAAACUGUGUGAUAGGAUGAGUA